UUUAUCGAUAAAACUAUAUAAGAAAUAAAGCGGGAAAAUUGCUGAUCGUGCGGAAAAAAUUAGUAAACAUCACCUAUGUUAUUGAGAAUUUUACAUAAAUAAGUAAAGCUUAGCAAGAUUUAACGCUUUUAAGUAGUGUUAGGCUUUAAAAUGGAAAAAACUCUAGUUGAUGAAAGCAGUGAUGAUAAUAUUGCAUGUUCAAGUAAUCUAAAGAAUGUUGACGAUGUAAACAAUGAAAGUGAUGCAGACCAGAGUAAUAAUUUUGAAGAGGAUGAUGGAGAGUACAACGCGGAAAAUGAAAGUAUUUCUUAUCCGGAAAAUGUUGAAGAUGUGGAUAAUAAACAUAACAAACAUUCGGUACCAACAGAUAAGCAAGCCAUACAAAGUCAACAGCAACGUUUGCAAAGAGAAGCUCAGUUUAGCAUCCCGUACCAUAAGCCAAAGAAAUAUACGUUGAAGGAAUUUCUUAGUCGGCGUACUAUUAUCAAACCAUGUGAAGCUGCGAAGGAAAACGGUUUUUCGGAAGCAUUUGGAAGAUCAAGAAAUUUAAAAAUGUCCAAAGAAGAAUUAGAAGUUUAUUCAAAAUUAAUGGAGGAUAGAGCCAAAGAAGCAUCGGAAUUUUUCAAAGGUGAUAGUACGGAUAGUUUAGCAGCAACAGCAAGUGAAGGUGGUGAAAAAACUUGUAAAACAGUAACAGUAUCCAAAAAGCAAGAAAGCCCGAUUGAAGCCAAUAAUAUUCUACAAAACCCUCAGGAGGUAAAUGGAAAUAAAGAAUGUCGAGAAAAAAAUGCAUCGAAUAUUGUAAUUACGGAAAUUGUAGAGCUCCCAAAAUUGCAUCUGAAUGACAUAUCUAAGGAAUUAAAUUUAAAAAAUAUUAUAAAUGCAACUCUCUUGCCCAAGGAAAGCACAGUAAUUCCAUUAAAUUCGAAUUCACAUGUUUCUCAUGUUUUAAAAACGAGUCCUACGCUAAAAGGAAAGCAAGACAUCACAUUUGAUUUGAUAUCGAUAGAAAAAGAUACACAUAAAACAUUUAGCAGAGCUAAUAGUUUGCUGGAAAGACUUAUGAAAACGAACAACUGCCCUAAGCCUAAAACUAAUGAAUCGAUCGGAAUAAACAGUCCGAGAUGUAAAACAAAAGGCCUAAUCGACGAUUCUGAACCGUAUUCGAAUAAAAAACCUGGAGAAUCAUUUUUAAAAUUAAAAGACAACUUGAAGUCCCUCAUCGUGGAGAAACGUCGAGAAGAAAUGAAGAAAAAGCAAAUGGAGGAAAAUAGUACGAAAAAUUGUCUUGAUGACGGUAAAAAUGUGGAAGAUUCUGAAGAGUUCGAGGAGAAAUUAUUGCUUGAUGACUCUGACAACUCCGAAUCCGAGACUGACGGAGAAUCUAUAAAUGAAGAGCACUUUGAAGAUGACAAUAACGAUGUUUCGGUUGAGCUGAACGAAACUAUUCCCGACGAUUGUAAACCGCCAGCGGUUGGCAGAAUGCGAAUAGAGCUUAAUUCUGAUGAUUCCGAUGAAUCCCAGCAUUUCAAUCCGUCAGCCAUUGGUCAAUUACCCGUAACACAAAUAUGUAAUCCAGAUGAGGAAGCAGAACAACUAAUAACUUUAUGUUCUGGUACUUUUGAAACGCAACCAACACCUGCUCAAAAUGAAGAAAUAACUGCCAAUGAAAUCAUAUCAUCAAGUGAAGAAAACUCUCCACGCUCAAGUGUUAAAAACAUGCGAACUAAAAAAUUUACAAAAAAAAUAAAAAAGUCUAAAAUCAAACUGGGUUUCUCCGACGAUGAAGCUGAUGAGUCUGACACAAAUGAAGUUACGAACGAAAAUAAUUCAUCCAUUAACGACGAGCCGGCUACUUACAUCGAUUAUGACUCCGAAGAAAAUGAAAUAACGGUGGAAUUAACCAAGCAAGACUGCUUAAAGCAAGCCGAAACAUUUUUCGAAAAGGAGGCAGAACUGUCGGAAUCAGAAUGGGGCAGUGCAGAUGAGGAUGAAAAAAAUGCGGAUCAAUAUGAGAUGGAAAUAGGUGACGAAGAUGUAUUUGACAAAGAGGAAUUAAGAGAUGAACUGGGAAAAAUACACGCGCGCAAAAUGUUGGACGAGGAUCUUCGACAAGUACAUAAAUUGCAAGAAAUUUUAUUCGAAGAUGAAGAUGAAGCCGCUCAACGACAACGUAAAUUUCGAUGGAAAAAUUUUGACAAUUCAUUCAAUCUGGAAAUUGGUCAAAAUAAUAUAACGGAGACAAAACCAGAUGAAGAAGGCAGUGAUGACGAAAACGAGCAUUUGUGGAGAAAAAUACGCUUUGAACGCGAACAAGCGAUAAAGAAUAAUUCUUUAAGUGAAAAUAUCUUGGAAGCGAGCACCUCCGUUGUUACUCCCAAAAUAAGUGAUAUUAAAAAUGUCACAAGAGUAAAUAUGUCAAAAUCAAUAAUCGAUGGGUCUGAAGAAAAAGAGAAGUCUCCUUUUUUAAUAUCGAAAGAACUUAUAAAAUCUGAAAGCACUAAAGCUCGAAGCUCCUUUCUGCUAAGGAAUAAAAAGGUUUUAACAAAAACGAUUUGUUCAGUUAAAAGCAGUAACACUGAUGUAAAUACGUCACCAGAUAAAAUUGGUGUUAAAACGACAAAUUCUAACAAAUUUGUUUUUACUACAUUAACUUAUGAAGAACAUGAGACGUUAAAAAGGAAGGCUGACGAUACGACUGGAGGUAUCGAUACAAAAAUUGUUAAGAGGGCUAAAAAGGAAACAAAAAAAGGGGAAUAUUUAAUAGAUAAAUUGUUGUAAAUUUUAGUUUUGUCCCUAACAUUAUUUAUACUUAAAUUAUAUAUAAGAAAAUACAUGCAAUAAUAAACUAAAGAGAACAA